UUAAACACCAAGGAAAGACGAAUAUCCACUCGGCAAUUUCCGUAGAGACUGUUUCGCGGCCGGCGGUGUCACUCAACACCUCGAUCGUAGAAGCAAGAUUUACUCCGAGCCUAGCUUUCACUUACCACCGAAUAUGCAAUAUUGCAAACGAACCUUUGAGUGAACUGUCUGUUCAUUAUCAGUCAUGGAUGAUGAUGACAGCCCAGAUGAAGUGACAAACCGCCGUGUAUGCAGCAAAAGAACUGUGCCACGGGACAUUUCAGACUCUGAUGAUGAGGUUGAUGGGUCAGAAGAGGAUGAAUCAGCUGGCAGUGAUGAAGAAGAGGGGGAUGACGAUGAAGAUGAAGAGGAGGAGGAGGGAGAAGAGAAUGAUGAGGAAUAUGAUGAGGAUGAAGAAGAUGCUGAAGCUGAGGAUGGCAUAUUAGGCGAGACCUCUGCAGCUGUCACAGCCAUGAGCUCAGAUGAGGAUGCAGAUAAAUGCCCCAUCUGCCUGAACACCUUCAGCAACCAACCUGUGGCGACACCGGAGAACUGUGAGCACUACUUUUGCCUCGACUGCAUCCUUGCGUGGGCCAAGAAUGCAAACUCAUGCCCUGUGGACCGUAUUGCUUUCAACAGCAUUUCCCUCAGGAAGUCAUAUGGCGGCAAAGUGCAGAAAAUUAUUACCGUGCAAAAACCAUUGAAGGAAGAUGUGGAGGUGACGGUGGAUUUAGACUUGGAGCAGACCAAUUGCGAGGUGUGUCAGGGUAGCGAUCGAGAGGACCGUCUUCUGCUCUGUGAUGGCUGUGACGCUGGCUACCACAUGGAAUGUCUCACACCACCUCUGGACACGGUUCCUGUUGAGGAAUGGUUCUGUCCUGAAUGUGUCGCUAAUAACAACUACUCCGCAUUCUUUAUUGAAGGAUCAACAGCAGAACAGAAUCGAAGCCAAAGCCUCCCUUCUACUGCCCAGCCAACCACCAGUCGUUCCCAGUCCCGAGCUGCAGGUCCUACACGAGCCAUCGCCCGCACUCAGCACAGUGAGCGGGUUCGAGCCAAUGUGAAUCGACAUCGUAUCACACAGGCACGCACAUCGCAGUUUGCUCCAACAUACCAGAUCCAGUCUACUUGGCUGGACGAGACCAUCAAUGCAGUGGUUGCUGGGCUGAAUACGGCUGUAUAUGUAAGGGACCUCACACCUCAUGCACUAACCAGACGCCGGCGUAAGACUGGAACACGCCGAAAGGUCACAAAAAAGAAGGCGCUCUCUGUUAAGGGUAAAAAAGGUUGUUCAACUAGACGCAGGAGGAAACGUAAAGGGAGGAGGACCAAAUCCAAAAGGACACUGGUGGGUAAAAAGUUAGCUACUCCUCAGAGUCGCAUUGCCAAUAGUCUCGGACUGUCGAAGGACAAGAAGAACUGUUCACUUCCUACAGUGUGUCGACCCUCAGAGCACACGCUAAGCAGCAUGCGAGCUGAUAUAGGCGCUGCAUCCCUUUCAAUCUAUGGGGAUCCUUUUGACCUGGAUCCUUUUAUUGAUCGUGAAGAGGAUGAGCAAGAAGAAACGGUUGUGUCAUUGUUGGAGGCAAAGAGACGAGGGAUAUCUCAUUCUGCUUUUCGCUCUCACCAGCCUGUUGCUCGACCUGUCAGUGCGGGUCUGUCAAGCAGGCGGAGUAUGGAUGUUCCCCAAACUGGAGGUGUUGUGGAGGCAACGCCAGUGCCCGACCUGCUUGGUAGUAUUCUUUCAGGGCAAAGCCUGCUCUUGAUGGACAGCUCUGAUGUUGUCAUUAGUCGUGAUGGUUCUCUUAAAUCCUCUCAAUCAGCAGCAAGUUUGUCUACCUUGAAGUCAGAUUUAAGAGAGCGCAGUAGCUCUGAGGAAUCCAAUGCUAUGGCCCUGCCAGUGGUUUCAGGCAGCCUAGGAGAAUGUUCUUCGUCCGAUCACUACAACAGACAUCAAUCAGGACCUACCUACAGCAACAUGAACAGAUCUCUCUCCCAGUGCUCCUCUCUGGUACCCUCAGAUGUCAACCAUAUCCAGCCACCUCACUAUCCGGAUUUGCCACCUAGAGGUCAUUUGUGUUUCCAGCUGCCUCUUAAAAACCAAUCCUCACCAUCCUUUGGCAUCCAGAUAACCAAUGGAGUCUCCAGGGAAGGCGCCCCCUCCUCAUGUAAGGACUCUGUCCCAAGCUCCUAUAGCAAAAACACACUUUCAUCACAAUCUCAACCUACCAAAGCACCUACAAAGCCCAUGUGGGUGGACGUGGACAUCCUCCCAAGGAUACCGAAAAUAAAACGAGAUGCUGUAAAUGAUGGUAACAGGGACACUAAUAAAAGCAAUGGUAGUUCUCCCACGGGUAAUAAUUCUGGCAUGCCUGAGACAGCCUUGAUCAACUUUGCAGGGGACAAAAACAGACAGCAACAUGUUGCCCAACAAAGCAACACUGACCGCCAGCCUCAAAAUCAGGGAGCUGGGUCCUCUCAAGCCUUCUCCAACUCCUUCUCUUUUUCCUCCUCCACUUUCUCUCCUACACCGCUGUGCAAUUCCUCAGUAUCUUCCUCAUCUUCAUCAUCCAUAAGCUUCCGCAUUAAUGCCAGCGGGAACUCAUGGCAUUCACGACGGCUCAGCCUCUCAUCGUCAUUUGCUAGUGGAAGCAGCACACAGGGUGACAGGAGAGAGAAAAUGGAUCAGGCAAAGAAGAGAAAAGAGCACAGAGAUAAACAGAAGCUGUUGGCAUCACGCACAACUGCAGGUAACAAACAAGACUUCAAUAUCUAUGACCCCUUUAAUCCAACUAUGUCAGACUCAAGCGCUUCCGACAGUGAAGGUGAGAGCUUGGGCAGCAGCUGUCACCAAUUUCGUGCAGCUCCUAGUUCAGCGUUGACUCAUUAUGCAGCACAAAGUGAGCAGAAGCUGGUUGGAGUGAAAACUGAAACGGAUGAGAGUGAAGCCUCACAAGAAGAACCAAGAGACGUAGAGACUCCAUCACAGGUGGCCAGUUGCGCUUCAGGAAUUUUUAAAGUUGAAAGAAAAUCAAUGUUGGUGGACACAAAGACUGUAAACCGAGCAGCACUGAGUGGCAUCAAAGUAAAGAAGGAGCCAGGAAAAGACAUGUUUGCACACGAUGUGAAAAGUUCUUCUGGUUCAGAGACACCAGUCAUGAUUUCACCUGUUGAACACAGCCUGGGCCAUAUAAAGACAGAGGAGGAAAUUGGUCAGAGUGCCAUUAGUUCUAAAAAUGCCCCCAACAACAAAAAAUUUUAUUCUUCAGGCUCAUGUUCUAUCACGGUAAAAUUGAAGGAAGAAAUCAAAUCUGAUCCCAAGUCUCCUCCAAGAGAUUUGGGCCACGACAAGAAAACCUCCUUCACAGCAGUUCCAUCUAAACAACAACGCUCAGAAUCUGACAAAGGCAAGACGAAGGACUAUCUUGUCUCGAACCAGGGGGACCGGCAGAAGAAAAUGGACAAAGACAGAGAAAGGCGCUCAAGGUCACGAGAGAGAAGAAAAUGUUCAUUGUCAGAAAGUUCUCAGUCCAAUUCUCCCAAAAGUGCUUGGAAAAAGAGACUGCAGAGAUCGAGGUCUGGCUCCAGGUCGAGCAGCAGAGAGCGUUCAAGGAGGAAAAAACAAGAACAAAAGAGCCGGGAAAGAACUGAUGGUAACGAAAGUGGCCGGGAGAGAAGAAGGGUGUCCAAUGAUGGGACAUAUGGCCAGUCUCGGUCCAGAUCACGGUCCAGAGGUAGAUACAAGGACCAGCGAAGUGGACGCUCUCGCUCUAAAUCCCCGUCAUCACCAUACAAGUCCAGAUCCAAGGAAAGAAGGAAAGAGUGCACUCACUUGCGGCAUGAAGAACUGAAGCCUCAACUGAAAGACAAGAGGAGACCCCGGUCUAGGUCAAGUUCAAGAGAGCGAAGGAAAGUCGGUGGUUCAUUCAAAAGUUACCCCAAAAAUUCAGAGUCCUGUUUUUCAUCCACAAAAUAUCACAAGGACACUAAAAAAGAGAAUGAAGUCUCCCUAAGCUCUGUAAAAAAGGAACAAAUUGCUGAAGUAAAAAAAGAACCUACCUUUGCUGCAGAAGUUAAAAAGGAAGAUGACAGUGAAGAUAAUAUGGCCACUUCUUCAGGAAUUAAGAAGGAAAUACAAGUCAUUAAAAAGGUGAAGAAAGAAGAGAUACAAUCUAUAGAUAUGUUUCAACAUUCUCCCAUCACCACACACAUAAAGGAAGAGAUCACCCAUGGAAUGAAAAAAGAGCCCGUUGAGAUAGAAGUGUGUAAAAUGAUCAAGACGGAAGAAGCUUGUGAAAACAGUCAAAUAAAAGCAGAGCCAGUGUCCUUAGACUUGCCAGUCACCUUGCCUCAAACCUUAAGCAGUCUCCAGGAGGCACCUAACCACUUUCAGCCUGAUGUCAAGGCCCCAGUGGACCAGGCAAACAAAAUUGAGUGGAACGUCCCCAUGGAGCACCCCCCAGAAUCUGAUGAGGACAUCUCUAUGGAUAUGGUGCUUGACAGCCUUGACUGUGUGAAGCAAGAACUCACCGAGGACAUUGGUGCCAAUAUCAAACAGGAAGUCAGCAGAGAGGAAGGGAAGACUGAGGCCGAACAGGUGCCGGCUGCAUCAAAAGUUAAGAUUCAAGGGAAGCGGGUGACCUGGAAUAUACAAGAGCCUGAUGGAGUGCAACCAGGCAAGUCUUUGAGCAAGCUGGCUUUGUAUAAACGAAAGCUGAAGCAGGAGGCAGCUCACAGACCCUCAUCUAAUACCCCUGGCCAAGACACAAGUGGACCUGGUUCAGUCAGUGAUUCAUCCAAGGGAGACAAUGCUACUCUCCCGACCGGCACUGGCUGUCAGGCGUAUUUAAAGAAGCUUCAUAUGCAGGAGAGAGCUGUUGAAGAGGUCAAACUAGCCAUCAAACCUUUCUACCAGAAGAGAAACAUCACCAAGGAGGAAUAUAAAGAGAUUUUACGCAAAGCUGUGCAGAAGGUGUGCCACAGCAAGAGUGGGGAAAUUAACCCAGUGAAGGUGGCCAAUCUGGUCAAGGCUUAUGUUCACAAGUACAAACAUGCUCGGAAACACCAGAAAUCUGAGACUGAGGCCAUAAAGGUGACUGACGGCCACUGAUCCAAGUCCCAUCAACACUCAUUCACUUUUUUACAGGAGAGGACUAAGAUUUCAUUUUUUUCAUCACAGUGGACAAACAGAUUUUGGUCUUUUGGUGGGAUGCAAGUGAAGAACUUGUCUUUUUAUGCACAGCCGAAGUUGUACUUUUAAGAGACUUUUCUCUAAGGUAGUACCACUCACUGAUUCCCUGCACAAAUUUCACAGGGACGAAUCGGCAGCCGUAACCUUUUGUUAAUAGGAUAUUCAUCAGUGGCCAAAGCUACUCUUUUGGUUCACAGGCAGUUUUUACGUUGAUAUUUAAAAUGUUUAUCAUAUUAAAAAAAAGUCACUGUUAGUAAAUCUUUGAAGAAAAUGUCAAUAGUGUUAUUAGGACGUUUACUAUUAACUUGUAAAUAAUUUUGAUUUAAUUAUUUCCACUUGUGUGUCUUUCCGUAAAUGCUGCCUGUUGCUAACAUCGCAAUUUAAUAAAUGUAUUAAGAUUU